AUGCGUCUCACCCACCUGAUCUCGACGCUGCUCUGCGCCAGCAACACGGUACUCGCGGCGCUCCCCUACAAAGGCGUAGACUGGUCCUCCCUCCUCGUCGAAGAAGCCGCAGGCAAAAAGUACAAAAACUCCGCCGGCACCGUGCAACCCCUCGAAACCAUCCUCAAAUCCUCGGGCGUAAACACCGUCCGCCAGCGCCUCUGGGUCAACCCCUCCGGCGGCACCUACAACCUCGACUACAACCUCAAGCUCGGCAAGCGCGCCCAAGCCGCCGGGUUGGGUAUCUUCCUCGACCUGCACUACAGCGACUCCUGGGCCGACCCGGCAAAACAAGUCACGCCGGCUGCAUGGCAGAGUCUCAACCGCGAAGCCCUCAUCAAGCAAGUCUACGAUUAUACAAAGAACGUCCUCGAUACCUUCCAGCGCAACGGCGUUCCCUUGAAACUCGUGUCCAUCGGCAACGAAAUUACUCCCGGUCUCCUUUUUCCCAUUGGAAAACUCUCGGGCAGUUCCAAGGGUCCGGCGGCAAAUGUCGCUGCGCUGCUUAAAUCCGCGAGCCGCGCUAUUAAAGAGUCGAGUAUGAGUCCGAAGCCGAAAAUCAUGAUUCAUCUGGAUAACGGAUGGAAUUGGGAGACGCAGAAGUGGUGGUAUGAUCUUGUGCUUGGAUCGGGUGGCGGGCUUUCGUUGUCCGAUUUCGAUGUCCAGGGUGUGUCGUAUUAUCCGUUUUACAAUGCGGCGGCUACGCUGGCGGCGGUGGGGUCGUCGUUGAGUAACAUGGCGAGCAAGUAUGGGAAGGAGGUUAUGGUUGUUGAGACUAACUGGCCGUCUUGGUGCCCAAAUCCAAAGUAUGCGUUUCCAUCGGAUACUAAGUCCAUUCCUAUCUCGGUUGAUGGACAGACGACCUGGAUGAAGGAGGUGGCUAAGCGCGUGGCUGGCGCUUCGGGUGGAAAGGGUACGGGUCUUUUCUACUGGGAGCCUGCGUGGAUUGACAACGCGGGCUUGGGUAGCAGCUGUGGAUGGAAUUUGAUGUUUGGUGAUGACGGCAAGGUCAUGAACAGUUUGGCCGUAUUUGGAUCAAUCUAG